ACAUGCACUCCCCUCUGUCUAUAUAUAUACACACAUAGUCAAGCCUCAUCUCAUAAAGCCAACACAUCACAUUUCUCUAUUUACGUUCAAACAAAAAAUGGAUUACAGCUGUCUAGACGACAACACUAGCAACAACAACAACAACACUUCAGAAACUCUCUCCAUGUCUACUAAGAAGACACCAUCUCCUCCUCCUCAGGCGAUGCGUCUCUACAGAAUGGGAAGCGGCGGAAGCAGCGUGGUCCUCGAUCUAGAGAACAACGGCGUCGAGACAGAGUCGCGGAAGAAGCUCCCGUCGUCGAAGUUCAAAGGCGUCGUCCCUCAGCCCAACGGGAGAUGGGGAGCUCAGAUUUACGAGAAGCACCAGCGCGUCUGGCUAGGCACCUUCAACGAGGAGGAAGAGGCCGCCGCUUCCUACGACGUCGCAGUUCGUAGAUUCCGCGGCCGCGACGCCGCCGUCACGAACUUCAAAUCUCCGGCGAGCGAUUCGGAGUCUGCUUUCCUCGAGGCUCAUUCCAAGGCCGAGAUCGUCGACAUGCUGAGGAAACACACCUACGCCGACGAGCUUCGACAGAGCGAGAGGAAGUUUCUUGACGGUAACGGUAAACGGCGAAAGACGGCGACGACCGUUAACGAAAACGACGGCGUUUCGAGAGAGGUUCUUUUCGAGAAAACCGUUACGCCGAGCGACGUGGGGAAGCUUAACCGGUUGGUGAUACCGAAACAGCACGCGGAGAAGCAUUUUCCGUUACCGGAGACGGCGACGACGACGAAAGGCGUUUUGAUUAAUCUGGAAGACAGAACGGGGAAAGUGUGGCGGUUCCGUUACUCGUACUGGAACAGCAGUCAAAGUUACGUGUUGACCAAGGGGUGGAGCCGGUUCGUUAAAGAGAAGGGUCUCAGAGCCGGUGAUGCGGUUUGUUUCGAGAGAUCGACCGGACCGGACCGGCAAUUGUAUAUCGACUGGAAAGUCCGGUCCGGUACGGAGGUAAUUAACCCGGUUCAGAAUGUAGUUAGGCUUUUCGGGGUCAACAUUUUCAAUGCGGCGACCAACGCUAAAACAAACGAUGAGUGCGGUGGAGAGAAGAGAUCUCGAGAAGUUGAUUUGUUUGCGUUAGGAUGUUCCAAGAAGCAGGCCAUAAUCAACGCCUUGUGACCCAUUUCAUUUUCAUUUUAUUUUUAAAAUUUAUUUUCCCUUUUGUAGAAAAAUCGAUCAAAUUGGCAAGUUGUAAAUUAGGAUAAGACAAGAAAAUGCUGACUAGGAAAUAGUUUUUUUUUCUUUGCUCACAUCUAAAAUUUGGGUUUGUUUCCCACCGUUAAUGAAUAUGAUGUGUUCAUCAUGUGAUAGAAAAAUAUGUGUUUGGACCUUA